GCGGCGCGUAGCGGGCUGUGCCCAGGCGGCGGUCCCGGGCGCGCGCCAAGGGAGUCCCGCCGAUCCCGGGUGUCCCCCCCCCCCCAACACCGGUCCUCGGGGCGCAGCGCCCACGGGGUCUGCGGCGGGGGGCGGCGCCCGGGGCUGCCAUGAGCUCCCCGCCGCCCGCCCGCAAGGGCUUUUACCGCCAGGAGGUGACCAAGACGGCCUGGGAGGUGCGCGCCGUGUACCAGGACCUGCAGCCCGUGGGCUCCGGCGCGUACGGCGCCGUGUGCUCGGCCGUGGACAGCCGCACCGGUGCCAAGGUGGCCAUCAAGAAGCUGUACCGGCCCUUCCAGUCCGAGCUGUUCGCCAAGCGCGCCUACCGCGAGCUUCGCCUCCUCAAGCACAUGCGUCACGAGAACGUCAUCGGGCUGCUGGACGUGUUCACUCCUGACGAAACCCUGGAUGAUUUCACAGACUUUUACCUGGUGAUGCCGUUCAUGGGCACCGACCUGGGCAAACUCAUGAAGCACGAGAAGCUGAGCGAGGACCGAAUCCAGUUCCUUGUCUACCAGAUGCUGAAGGGGCUAAAGUACAUCCAUGCUGCUGGCAUCAUCCACAGGGACCUGAAGCCUGGCAAUCUGGCAGUGAAUGAGGACUGUGAGCUGAAGAUCCUGGACUUCGGCUUGGCCAGGCAGGCCGACAGCGAGAUGACUGGGUACGUGGUGACCCGGUGGUACCGUGCACCUGAGGUCAUCUUGAAUUGGAUGCACUACACCCAGACGGUGGACAUCUGGUCAGCGGGCUGCAUCAUGGCAGAGAUGAUCACAGGGAAGACGCUGUUCAAGGGCAGUGACCACCUGGACCAGCUGAAGGAGAUCAUGAAGGUGACAGGGACUCCUCCCGAUGAAUUUGUGCAGAGGCUGCAGAGUGCCGAGGCGAAGAACUACAUGAAGGGCCUCCCCGAGCUGGAGAAGAAGGAUUUUGCCUCCAUCCUGACUAACGCAAGUCCUCUGGCUGUGAACCUCCUGGAGAAGAUGCUGGUACUGGAUGCAGAACGGCGGGUGACUGCGGCCGAGGCGCUCACGCACCCCUACUUCGAGUCACUGCAGGACACGGAGGACGAACCCAAGGCCCAGAAGUACGACGAGUCCUUUGACGAUGUGGAUCGCACGCUGGACGAGUGGAAGCGUGUCACAUAUAAGGAAGUGCUCAGCUUCAAGCCUCCCCGGCAGCUGGGGACCAAGGUGUCCAAGGAGACAGCGCUGUGAAGACCCCUGGGCCCUGAGAGCGGUGGGGAGGGGGCCUUGAGGACCCUGGCUGGGGCUUCCACCUGGAAGGGGAUCCUCAUUAUCACUGUGACUCUGGCUGGGGUUUGCAUCCCAGGAGACCUAUGGUUCCAUGGACCCCCUCCCCCAGCCGUUACCCUGCUCUCAAGGCUACCACCUCAGUCUAACCUUGGGGGGGCAUCUGGACCUUCUGAACAGGAUGCCAAACUGACCUGGGACUGGCCUCUGACUCCCUGGGCAGUGGUCCCCUUCCCCAGGUGCAGCAAGAAGCCUCAGAGCCUGUGGGGGAUGGGGGUGGUGAGGCUUGGGUCAAGGUUUGGCCUGACCCUGUCCGCUCCAGCCCCUGCUGGAACCCAGUUCACACAGCUGAAAGAGACACACAGGGAGGGCACUGAGUGCCUACUCAGGGAUGUCUCUCCUGGGGGGGCGUUGGUGUGGACUCUCCUGAACCCCCAGCCCGGAAUGUAAAUUGGCCCUGUGCUAUGCCCACAUGACGGGAAGGAAAUAAACCCUUUUGUAGAGAUCCCA